GCAUUACUUUAUGAUGUUAUGCUACGCAUUCAUCGCAUUUACUAUUGAUGUCGCCACUGCCACUUUUGAGUAUCCCGGCAGGGCUACAAUGAAUGAUGUGUUUGAGUUUUUCAAAACGGAACAAGAAAUUCUCCUUUACAAGAGAAGCUAUUCCCGCCAAAUUGAAAAGUAUGAUCCUGUAUGCAUCUACAACAGGGUAAAGGAGAUGAGUGGUAGCCGUAUACGUUUAUACCAGCGUUAUGAUUAUGGUACGCAAAGCAAACAUGGCUGCUUUGCCUACGGCGUAUCUUACAAUGUGUCAAAGCAACCAGGAAUGGACAUCGCUCCUAUUAUAGAGGCCAAGAAAACAAAGGAACAUAAGUGCACUAAAGCUGCCUAUAUUGAAAACUCCAAAGGAUUGGACGAGUUCGAAGGAGAUUACAAAGAAGGCAGAACAUACCUCUUUCAAUACUACGAUGCAACUGAAAAGUGUGCCGUGAUAACUUUCUCGGAUAAAAAACAUAGCAUAAAAUGUGAGCUACAUGUUUGGUACACCUUCUAUCACAAGGAAAAAUCCAACUGCUUAAGGGAAUAUGACUACUUAUGUGGAAAGCGCCCCGUAUAUCACCUUUAUAAAAAUAAACUGUGUGAAUGGGCACUGCCGAAAAUAUGACCAAUAUUAAUUUGUUUUGCCAGGUUGAA